AGCCGCCAAGAGAUGGCUCUGAGGGGCCGGCGCGCGCCGACUGGGCGAGCGCGGCGCGGCGCCGCGGCCCGGCGGCCAGUCGGUGGCUGGCUGUGUGAGCGUUCGUGUGACGACGGUCCGUCCACGUAGUGUGUAGGUGCUUGUUGGUAGGGUUAGUCAGCAGCAUGGAGAACCAGGACUCGGUCGGAUCGCCUUCAGAGCUGCCCAACGACCCCGGGAAAAUGUUUAUCGGAGGUCUCAGCUGGCAAACAACGCCAGAGGGUCUGCGGGAGUACUUCAGCCGCUUUGGCGAGGUCAACGAAGUGAUGGUGAUGAAGGACCCGACCACCCGACGCUCCCGGGGGUUCGGCUUUGUCACCUAUAGCGAUCCGGCCAGCGUAGACAAAGUAUUAGCGGACGGCACGCACGAGCUAGAUGGCAAAAAGAUCGAUCCCAAAGUGGCGUUUCCAAGGAGAGCGCACCCAAAGAUGGUCACCCGGACCAAAAAGAUAUUCGUUGGAGGCCUGUCUGCACCUAGCACGCUGGAAGACGUCAAAAACUACUUUGAGCAGUUCGGGCGGAUAGAGGACGCAAUGCUAAUGUUUGACAAGCAAACGAACAGACAUCGAGGCUUCGGAUUUGUCACAUUCGAGAGCGAAGACGUUGUCGACAAAGUGUGCGAAAUUCACUUCCACGAAAUAAAUAAUAAAAUGGUGGAGUGUAAAAAGGCGCAGCCGAAGGAGGUGAUGCUUCCGCAGACCCUGGCGAGGGGUCGUACGGCGCCUCGUGGCGGCUACGGCUUCCAGGCGGCGGCUGCGUACGCGGCUUACGCUGGUCGCGGCUACUCCAGUUACCCGGGCUUCGGCUUCCCUUACGCCGGUUUCACAUCGUACGGCUACUUCCCGUCUCCGGCGGGGGCGGCGCUGGCGUCGAACGGCAGCUCGGAGCGGGCCAACGGCACCACCUACUACCAGGAGUACUCGGCAGGUGCGGUGCCGGCCGCCGGACCCGUCAGCCUGAGCACUCCGAGCCGCACCGAGAACCACGUCAGCCAGUCGCCGCUGCACCGGGACAAUCCGUACGGCACGCGGACAGAUCUGAUGAACGGUGGCAUGGCGAACGGCUCUGGACCGCUGCUGACGCAGGCACUAUCCGUGAUCAACAACUACCCAGGAUACGGUCCGCCGGCCAGUCCGGCUAACAGCCGCGGGUUCGGGCCGGCCAACAGCCCCGGUCCGCUGGACAUGACCUACAACGGCGACACGAGCCUGGGCUACCUGCAGGCGGCUUCCCCGCAGCCCUCGUUCGGAGCCAUGAACAGGGCGCCGCUGCUGGCUGCCUUCAACGGCUAUCACUAGAAAACGUAGAGACAAAACGAUUCAUUGUCACCAGAUAGAAGAGAACUGAAUUGAACUUGACCUGCCUGCGACCUGCGUAGUCGGGACCCGGGGGACGGUCCGCGGCCAGUGGUCCUUUGGUCCGUGGUCCGUGACCUGGACCGUGGCCUGGUCCGUGAUCAGAGGUGGACAGCGGCAGCGCGCCUCGGACCCGCAGCACCCACCGUCGCAGCCUGCAGUCGGCCGCCGCGCCCGGCCGCCAGAAACAUUGUCUAUGCAUACGCGCGUGUAUAUGCAUCUGUGUCCUUGUGUAAAUAGUGCGCUAGUUGUAGGAGGAGCGGCCCGGGCCGGCCGCCGGUCGGUGACCUGCUGUGACCUCUCUGUGGGCGGGGAUCGGUGAUAGGGGUCCGGGGCACGGCCCGCUGGCCCCGGCCGCCGCCACGCCGCCACGCCGCGCGGCUGGCGGCCGUGCGCUGUGCCAGCCCGACUGAUCGCGUAGAUAAAUUAUUUAGAGAUGCCGGUGAAAGAGUGCAGGAAAACCUUCGCGGCUAUCAUGCUUUUGUACGUAGAUUUCGUUACCAGCAUCCCAGUGAUCGAACGGUGUUGUCAUCUGUACUUAAACUGUCUUUUUACCGAACGGUAUACUUAAUUUGCUGCGCUAGCGUCUCGGUGGUCGUCGCCAGACAACGGGAAGUAUUUUGAGUCUUUCACACGGUAGUCUAGGCUUGGUUACAGCGUCUGGCUGUCUCAUCUGGCCCUCUGUUGCGGCGCGGUGCCCGGGAGGUCUCGGGACGGCGGCUGGGACGGGCACGCGCUCUCACACCUCACCACACCUGGGUGACAAGCCGGCGCGGGCGGCGAGGGCCUCCCGUCUCUGCGGCGGCCGCUCCGCCCUGGCUGGCGGCAGCCCCGCCUGUCUGACCUCAGCGGACACUGCGCUCCGGCGGCCCACUCCGCCGUCACCGCCGCCGCGGGCCCACCUGCCCACCGUUUGUAUGCAAUCAAAGAGGGCGGCAAGCUUGCGCGGCGCCGGCCACGAAUGCGUGUCUUCCCCGGCCGGCCGCCGGCGGCCUGGGGCGUGCGGGAGGAGCUGUACAUAGCGCAGAGCGCGGCCUCGCUGGCCGUCGUGUGUGUUGUUGUGCCCGCGGCGCGCGCGGGGCCGGCCUCGGCCGAUUGUGUAGGGUUAAGACGGUGUGCAGGUCGCGCAAAGGCCAGGUCGAGCUUCCGGCUCAGGGUUGGUGCGCGGCUGGUGCCAGUCGCGGCGACCCGCCGGAGGCCGUGGAGGCCGGUGCCGCUGGUGACUUUGGUGACUCUGUGGUGAUUGCUGGUCGGCGCUGGUCGUCGGUGACGCCGGCGGUAACUCGGUGACCGCCGGUGACGGGCGGGGUCGCCGGAGAGGUGGCCUCGCUCGCGGUGAUACCACUCCUCCCGCUUGGAACCUGUUCAAAAUAUCGGUCUCGGACUCCAUCAAGCUCGCCUUCCCGCACCCCGAUCUGCGGCCAAAUACUCAGCUCCGUAGUUUAUUUGAACCAGGCCGACGUUGUCUUGUUUCUGAUUGCAGCUGUUAGCACAGUUCGAUCUCACAAGCAAAAUAUUUUCAUAUCGGGGCCACAGCUGUGUGAUUUGCCUAGUUUGGAUAGCCUACAGAGGGCCUCACUUAGCCGAGGUCUCUAGAAAAAAAAUCGGGCAAUGAAUUGUUUUAGCUCUAGCCCAAACAUACGCGACGUUAUUUGUAAAUAACAGACGAAAGUCUAUAUUUUAUCAUUGAUACACUGAUUGCAUUGACCGUUUUACUGUAGACGUUUAGACAUGUUUUUACGUGAUUGAAACGAAGAACAUAGGGCAGCAAUAAAAUCAAGGCAAUAGAACAUCAGCGCAUGAUGCAAUGGAAGGAUUGUUCUAUGCAAAAAUGCCGUUAGCUAGAGCAGCGAUCGCCGAGGCUGGGCGAGAAUCUUUGAGAGAGAGAGAGAGAGAGCAGCUGUUUGCCCCGUUUUCGGGUCUCACGAAGUCGCAAUGCCUUCGCACACACCUCCGAUGUAACACCGAGCAUUGCUUUCGAUGGUCAUCUGUAACGUCUGUGUACACUUGGUCUGUGUCCGCUAUAUGUUACGACUGGAACCGCUAUGCAUUGUGUGGGGACCCUGCUAGUGGCAGUUGCCCUGGGCCUCCCUGUUCUGGCCAAUGACAAACCCCCUUUGAAAAGUCUCUGUUCGCGCGACAAAAUAUGACUGACGGACCGCCAAUGGUUUCGGCAGCGUUACGUGCUGAGUCUGUGUUCGCCCAUGAGCCGUUCCUAGUGCACGCAGUAUUGACUCAUGUGAUACGACCGCUGUUCUGCGCCUGGUCUUCAAUUUAAGGCCGUCCCCGUGUACUUAACGGCGACACUUUCUUGAACAUCGCUACCUCUCGAGCGCGGCUCUGGCUACCUUUACUUUACACCACAUUCUAUCAUGUGUAUGCUCGAUUCUUAUUCACAUUUCGGCAGUGUCUCGCCGCCUCCGUCAACCGUUUCCCGAUCAAUUUAAUUAAGUGCCAAACAACGACCCCUACCGCUGAAUGACCGCCCUCAACAGCGCUUCAUUCAGCCUCGGGUAUCCCGCUCCCCGCCCCCUUCUCUGUCGCUGCUUACCCCCUCAGUUUGAGCGUUCCCCCAUUUCGACCUUGCAAUAAGCGAGCAAUAACGGCGGCACUGGACGCUGAGAGAAAUGUACAGGGCGCGCGCGGGCGGCCACAAUGCUCCCACCUCCGCACGGAGAGCAGCGCGUGUUGAUGUGUAUGGGUAUGUGUAUGGGUAUGGGUGUGUGGGUAUGGCACCUCUCUGAGCCACCUGGUAUGUGUGUGAGAGUGCGAGUGUGCGUUUGUGCGCGCUGUGCGUUGUCUUGUAUGUGUAUGACGCUCUCGCAACGACGGACGUGUGUACUCGUGGACUCAAAAUCACGGCGCCCCGAAAUAGUUGUAGUUAAACUAUUUAUUGUAUUUUAUACCCGGAGGCCGUGGCUUUGGAAAGCGAUGCUACGGUUCAGCGGUGGCCUGAGCUCCGUCGGAGCGUCGUUGUAUAGAUGAUAAGGAUGGAGGUCUCUGAAUACAAUGGGAAGUAAACAUGA